GAAUAAGGAGAUGUAGCUUGAGUUCUGCAGCUCAGCUUGGUCUGGGAGGUCGUGUGACUUAGCACUGGAAGGUGGGCAUGGUUUAUGCAUGACGUCUCCUCUUUUUUUCAUUCACUCCAGGUUUUGCCUUCCACGACUACAUGCAAUAACUUGACCGCGUGGCCGUACCCUAAAGCUCUUCAAUGGACCAGAAAAGUACUUUAUUCAUUGUACUCUUAUUAAAAGGUCUUGAAUACAGCAUGGCACAGUAUUAUCUUGAAAUCCCCAGGAAACUUUGGGCACCCAAACACUCCUGUGUAGUUAUCCCCUGCAGUUAUAACUAUUCAAAUCCUAAACUAUCAAGUGGGAGCAUUAUGGGAAUAUGGUAUUACGCCAUUAACGAACAUGACAGAUAUCAACUAUUUAUUAAAAGUAGAACUCCCGAGAAAUACGCGUCCUUUAUAGGAGACCUGGGCAAUGGCAACUGCUCCAUAAAAAUCCAUAAUGUCCAGCCUGAAAACUCCCAAAUCUACACGUUCCGGGUAGAAAUGGAACAUUUUAAGUUCUCGUACAAGCCUGUUGUUCAGUUGAAUGUUUUAGAUGAUCCUCCCAGGCCCAUGUUGGAACUUCCUAAUCAGGAUAUCUCAGAGGGUGCAAUAGUUACCCUAAACUGUUCCACAACCUACACAUGUUCAUCAGAUGUUGUGGAUUUGGUGUGGUCUCCUUACAUGGGACAACUUAAUGUUACACAUAGCUAUCAGGAUGAAGGAGUGUGGUCAGUGGAAUCUAAGCAAGUAUUUAAAAUAUCCAGAAAACACGAUGGAAUGUCUGUCAGCUGCCAAGCGAAGUACUCCUCAGGAGUCAAGUCACAAGUCAUGAAAGGAAAACUAACAAUAAAGUAUAAGCCAGAAAUUCUUCAAAGACCACGAUGCAAGAAGAACCUUAGCACAAUAUACUGUGAUUGUGUUGUGAUUGCUAACCCCCCAGCAAUUAUUACCUGGAAUAGCACUAACAUCAACAUCACUGAGACAUCUGGAUUCUUCAUAAGUUUCUCAUCUAACAACUCUAAGACAGUGUCCAGGCUUGAAGGAGCAGUGAUGCCAACUGAAGGUCUAUGGUGUACAGCCAGCAACAUAGAAGGCUCUGUAUCUCAGAACCUACCACUUGAUGAAAAGCCACAAAUACUCCGGGACUCUCACUGCAAAAAGAAACUGAAUGCCAUAUACUGCGAGUGUGCUGCAAUUGCUAACCCUCCAGCAAAUAUCACCUGGUCCAGCUCUGGUAUCAUUGUCACUGAGACCUCAGGGUUUUCCAUACAUUCAUCAUCUUCUGGCUCUAAGACAGUGUCCAGGCUUGAAGGAGCAGUGAUGCCACCAGGAGAUCUAUGGUGUACAGCUAGCAACAUUGAAGGAUCCAUACACCAGAACCUACCUAUUCACGUGGACUGGACUGAGCUUGCCCUGAUUGGUGGAGGAAUUCUCGCUUUCCUGAUACUCUUUAUUAUUGGUGCAGUUGUCGCGAUCAUAAAAGUCAGAUCAAAGAAAAAUCAAAUAUUGGAACCAAACAGCUACAUAAUGACUGACCAAAAAUGUAGCAAUAAUGUCAGCACCAAGGACAGGAUGAUGAGUCAUGCAAAUAGGAACAUCAAGGACAUUUCUGGGGCUAUUUCUUAUAAGAAUUCAGAAAAUACUUACGCGAAUUCAGUGGACCAGAAUGAAAUUGAUAACUAUUCUAAAGAAGAAACUUAUGUCAAUAUGGAAAAUGAAAAGAGAGAGGAAGAGAAGAAGAAGAACAAAGAAAAUGAAGAAGAAGAUGGGAUCUAUAUUAACUACUGACCUAAUUUAUAUUUUGACAGUACAAUCUCAUAUUGUGAAUUGUGAUUAAUAACUUUAUGUACAGUCCCUAUUAUUUUUAUACUUCUGCAGGUAGGUUUAGUAUAGCUACAGGACAGUUGUUCUAUAUAGCUUGACCUUGAUAGAGUCACAGUAUUCCCCUGUCUACCCUGUUCUUGUCUUGUGGGGCACCCUCUGUGUAUAGGGACCAGGCCGGGUGGUAGGUGAGGUGCCCUGGAUGUUGCAGGUUUAGUGUGCCGGUGGCAAGAUCCCUUUAAGUUUGUGACGCCAGUGCCGGUAACGGUGGCACACCGAUUUA